AAAAUCAUCUUCUACCAAAAUAAAAUGUCAUAAAAAAAUAUGCUUACAUGGAAUGGAUGAACUGGUUCAAAGAUACACUUCUAGUUCUACCAUGUCAAAAUAUGCAUGCGUUGAAUCAAUGAUGGCUGGUUGAAUUGGUUCACACCUUCUUUACCUUUUCUCUAUUUCCUGUCAAAAAUUCAAUAAGCAACUUAGUUAGCAUGAAAAGAAAAACAUCUUAUAGUCUUAUUCAUAGUCUUCUCUACUCCCCACCCACAACUUUCCUGUCAUAGUCUCACCCUAACUAACGAACAUCUAUAUACAAAUAACAAAUAUAUUUAAUCACACAAAAUUUCUGAAUCCCAAAGUCAAUAGCAAUAAUAAUGAAAACAAUAUAAAUCAAAUAAACAAAUAGAAAACAAAAGAAACAGCUUCAUUCAACAGCUUUAUUCCAGCAAGCACCUAAUUUCUUUCUCUGUCAAAUUUGAUAAACACAAAAUCAAAAGAGACUAUUUAGAAUUGAAUACUCUUACCAUUACCACCCCCACCGCGUCGUCGCCGCCACCAUGGAUAGGUUGGUGAAAGCAGAGUUCAAGGAAGUGGAGCUUAACUUUCAGAAGAAUCAAAAGUGCUUCACCUCCUUCAAGCUCACAAAUCUCAUGCACACCAUGUCUGUUGCAGUUUCUCUAACAACAACAAAUCCAUCAACUUUUUCUAUCAACAAACCAUUAUCAGUAAUUCCACCACUCUCUUCAUCAACAUACACACUUCAUCUCUCAAACAUGAAUCAACCACCUCUCUCUGAUCCUGCUGAUGUCAUCACCGUUAGAACUUCCAUGCUUCCAACUGGUAAAGCCAACACAGAAGAUCUCCGUCGUCUGUUCAACAAACCUGGCCCCCACGUUUUCCGCGAUGCGGUUAUAACCGUCACCUUAGUAGGUCCCACCGUCGCCGAGUUCAUCAUCUCAAACUAUGAUUCAGUUGCCGAAACUCGUAACCUCUUCGCGAAAGCGAUAUCUGUUUGUGAGAAAUCGUAUCUCACGAGUUUGCUGAAACCUGCCGUGGAAAGCGGACAAUUGGACUACGUCGCCGAUCUUAUUGCUGCCGGUGGAGACGCGAGCUUAACGGAUUCAAACGGUCGAUCGCUUAUUCCUUCGGCAAUCAGAACCGGGAAACUCGAUGUUCUGAAGCUUCUAGUAGCUUCUGGUAGCAGAAUCAACGAUUCGGUGGAUUUUGUUUUGCACGAAGCCGCAGUUUUAGAUCGAAUCGAUAUCGUGAAGUUUCUGUUAGAAAUUUUCUCCGAAGAAUUGGACGUGAAUUCGACAAACACCGAAUCGAAGACACCGAUUCACGUGGCAGCGAUGGAAGGUCACGUGAGCGUGAUCCAGUUUCUCGUUUCGAUCGGAGCAAAUCCUAACGCCGUAGAUUCUCAAAAGUGGACCCCACUGCAUCACGCAGCGUCGAGAAACCACUUAAAAGCGGUGGAGUUUCUAUUAGAAAACUCCGACGUGAAAUACGCGAAGGAGUUAAACGGAAAAACCGCGUUUGAAUUAGCGGAGGAGCGUGACCACACGCGCUUAUUCGGUUUACUCCGUUGGGGAGACGCGCUUUUGCGCGCGGCGAGAGUGGACGAUGUACACGCGCUAAAGAAGUGUUUAGCGGCAGGAGCAGAAGUGAAUAGAAAGGAUCAGAAUGGGUGGACCCCACUACAUUGGGCUUCGUUUAAAGGUAGAAUAAAAAGUGUUAAGAUUUUGUUGGAACAUGGUGCUGAAGUUGAUAGUGUUGAUGAUGCUGGUUAUACUCCUUUGCAUUGUGCUGCUGAAGCUGGACAUUUGCAAGUUGCUUUGGUUUUGAUUGCUCAUGGUGGUUGUCAAACUAAUCUUAAGAGUUUUCAACAUGUUUCUCCAAUUGGUUCUUUUCAAAAACAUGUUUCUCAAUCUCUUCAUUAUAGUAAAAAAUCUGAGUUCAUAGCUUGAGAGUAUGUAUAUAUAGUGCUGUUGUAAAUUUGUGUUUUGUACUGUUUUUUGCACAUACUUAGGUUUUUUAUGAGCUCUUGGAGUUGUAUCUAAGGAUAUUGUAGCUUGUUUUUUUCCUGUACUGUGAUUUCUAGCUUCAACACCAGCUACUGAGUGUUUUUUGGCAAUGAGAUCACUCGAGAGUAUGGGUUACCAUUAGUCCUUAAAUGAAAUUGUGUUUUAUUUUUAUA